AUGUUGUGUUUCAAGAAUAAAGUUUCUUCCUUUCUGAUUCUGACAACGUUAAUCCUUGUGUUCUUCUCGCUCUUUGCGUCGUCAGGAGCGGCCCAAAACGAUGUCGUUCCAAGGGGAACUCAGAGGACUGUCUCGGAAGGUUCGAACUCAACUGAUUUAGUGUUGGCUAGGGAAAGAACGCGCAGACAAGACCCACUUGAGGAUCGCCGUUAUUACAACGGGGGUUGGAAUAUCAGUAAUGAACAUUACAUUUUUUCUGUGUUGUAUACCGGCUAUCCCCUUUUCUUUACCGCUACGUUAUGGUUCAUUUUGUUCGGUAUAUUCUUGCUGCUUGUCUGCAUGUAUGUUUGCUGCUGUAGGCGUAGGCGCUAUGGCUAUUCAAAAUUCGCUUAUGCAUUGUCUCUUGUCUUUCUCUCUCUAUUCACAAUUGCUGCAAUAAUUGGUUCUGCUGUACUCUACACCGGGCAAGGGAAGUUUCAUGAGAGCACGAAAAGUACACUCGAGUUUGUUUUACAACAAGCAGACUCAACAGUCGAGAACCUACAUAAUGUGUCGGGUUAUCUCACGGCUGCCAAGAAUGUUGGUGUAAAUCACGUUUUUCUGCCUCGACAGGUUCAGACCAACAUUGAUAAUGUCGAUGGUAUGAUUACAACUGCUGCCAACACACUUGAGAGUGCAACCAAGAAUAAUAAAGAUGAUAUAUUCCGCUAUUUGGAUGCUGUGAGCUUAGUUCUUAUUGUGGUAGCUGCUGUAAUGCUUGGCCUCGAUUUACUUGGAUUCUUGCUAUCAAUUACGGGUCUGCAGUUUCUCGUAUACUUCUUAGUCUUCUUCGGUUGGAUUCUCGUUGCCAUCACUUUCUUUCUGUGUGGCAUAUUUCUCGUUCUCCACAAUGUGACGGGAGACACGUGCGUGGCAAUGCACGAGUGGGUCGAUAAUCCAACGGCUCACACGGCACUAGACCGUAUCAUCCCGUGCGUGGACCCCGCCACUUCCCAAGAAGCACGUUCGCAGAGCAAAGAAGUCACGAUCCAGAUGGUCCAGCUCGUAAACGGGAUUAUUGCUAAUGUAUCUAACCGUAACUUUCCCCCUAAUGCCGGACCCGUUUACUACAAUCAAUCCGGGCCGUUGGUUCCCCUCCUCUGCAAUCCAUACAAUCCCGACAGGACUGAUAAAAGGAUGUGUGCAGCUGGCGAAGUCGAUUUGAACAAUGCAACUCAGGUUUAUAGACAUUACGAGUGCCGAGUCUCCCAAAGCAACAUCUGCACGACCGUGGGCCGCCUAACCCCUAGCUUGUACGAUGAAGUGGGCCGGGCCGUGAAUGUGAGCUAUGGGCUGUACCAUUACGGCCCGUUCUUGAGCGAUUUGGCCGACUGCACGUUUGUUCGGGACACGUUCACCACCAUUUACGACCGUCAUUGCCCUGGUUUGAGGAGAUACAGCCAGUGGGUUUACAUUGGUCUGGUUAUGGUCUCGACUGCAGUCUUGCUAUCGUUGAUAUUUUGGGUGCUCUACGCUCGAGAGAGGCGGCACAGGAAGUACACGAAGCUCGUGGAUGGCCACGUCAGCUCGGGCGUCCGAUGA